AUGUCAGAAUCACAUUCCUCUGAUGUCUUCAGGCGACUUCAAAUAUCUCCGUCAAAGAAUAAUGCAAUUAAGAAACCAGCGUUACGGUUAUCACCAAGAAAAGUUUCAAAAACUAGAGAUCUCCAAUAUACACCAAGCAAAUACGAAACGCAUUUGAAUUCAGAUAGAUUCACCCAAAGUUUGGACAGAUCUUCAAGGCUUUUCAUGUCCCGAACAUCGUCACCUAGUAAUCAAUCUCAUCAAAACGAACACACAACAAGUAACCCCAUUUCCAUACUAAAACAAGGUCCAGCUACAAAUACUUCUCGACUUCUAGGUAACAACCUUCUAAAUAAACUAAGAGAAGAGGCAUCGAUCCCAAGCAGGGUUGAUAAACUCAUGAAUGAGAAUAAAAUGAGAUAUAAAUCUAAGUUGGAAGAAAAAAAUGUAAAAUUCUAUCUACCUACAGAUGAUAAUACAAAAGAAGAAAUAAGUACUAUAAAAUCGAUGUUAGAACAAAUAAUAAGUCGUCAAAAUACUCUAGAACGCUCAAUUGAAGAUAUCAAAUCUACAUUAAGAAAAAAAAGGUGA